AUGGACAACGAAUUUUAUAAUGCCUGUGCUGGACCAAUGAAUAUCACUCAGAGUGCAUUGCUUGAGAAUGAAAUGGGGACUUCACAGAAACCGCCUAAGCUCUUGGAUAUUGAUGAUUACAAUGCGUGGUUCGAAUGUUUUGGCAAUUGGGUUGAAGCUUAUCACUUGGAUGCAUGGGACCACACUGAAGAACCAUAUGUAAGGCCCACAAAAAAUGGUAUUCAGAAAACAAUCAGAGAAAUGAGUGCUGACGAGAAAAAGAAGUAUAGAGAUGAAAAAUUGGUGAUUUAUUGUGGUAUGGAUUAUAGUUACUUCAAGCCGUCGGAUAUGGAUGCAAGACAUGUCAAGCCGCCAGAUAUUCUGUCUUCCUCGUCAAACCCUAAUAAGGGUUUUGCUACUAGAUUACUGAACAUUGACAGCAAAACAUUCUGUCCGCGUAGGGGUGUUGUGUCUGAUCAACAACAGGGACCGAAGGUAGUUAAUGUCAUAGAUGAACUUACCAAAAUCACAGUUCCAGUCAAUCUAAAUGCCGAUGAUCAUGAUGUCGUUAAGCCUAAUGCUGUGCAUGAUGAGGUUUUCUGGGAAGCUAGUAAGGAGGAGAAAACAGUCUCGUAUGCUGAAAAGGUGCAGUCCACUCAUAAGAAAAGGGAGGUAAAUUUCAGACUCUUGGAACCUAAGGAAACGAGAGAUGAUGCUGACAUUGUUAUACCGAAAGUGGUUGUGCAGCAGGUUCAAGAUAAAUUGGAUAAUGUCCUCUAUGGUUAUUUUUUAGGGAAUAGAUUGUCGUUUCCUGUGGUUGAGUAUUAUGCGAAGAAUGUCUGGGCAAAGUUUGGGUUUUCAAAACUUAUGAUGAACACGUCAGGUUUCUUUUUCUUCAAGUUUGACUCGAAUGAAGGAUUGAAUAAGGUGUUGGAAGGAGGACCAUGGUUAAUACGAAAAGUCCCGUUAUUUCUGAAUAUAUGGUCUCCGAAGGUUACACUCAAGAAAGAUAGUAUCAAAACCGUUCCAAUAUGGGUUAAGUUGCACAAUGUGCCGAUUUCAGUUUAUACGGAUGAUGGAUUGAGCUUGUUGGCUUCGAAGCUAAGGGUUCCUAAAAGGUUAGAUUCCUAUACAGCUGAUAUGUGUGUUGAAAACUGGGGAAGGAGUAGUUAUGCUCGUGCGAUGAUUGAGUUAAAUGCUGAUAACGAGCUGAAGGAUCACAUUACUGUAGCUAUCCCUAAAAUGGAUGAGGAUGGGUUCAUCUUGGAACGGGUUAAAGUUGAAUAUGAGUGGAGGCCGUUACGCUGUAGUACAUGCUGUUUGUUUGGUCAUGAUGACAAUACGUGUAGCAAGAAACCUAAUGGUAAGGCUAAGAUGGUUACUGUUGAUGAGGAGGGUUUUGUUACUGAUAAAAGGAAGAUGGCGAGGUACUCGUUCCCUCAAAAGAAGCAGAAACCUAAGGUUGUGUUUAAACCUAAGACUAAUAAAUAUCAUGCAAGUACGUCUGGAACGAAGGGGGAUAAUUCGGCGGCUAUGCAGUUGUCAAACUCCUUUGCGGUGCUUGAUAAUGAUAAGAAUAAUGAGAAAAGGGAUCCGACUAGUGCCAAGUCGAUGAUUGAUGAAAAUCAUGGUACCCGUAUACAACAACCUGAUGAAGUUAAGGAGUUGAAUCCGACAGAGAUGGCUGAUUUUAUGAGUGGUAACAUGAAUAAUCAAAAUUCUGAGGGGGCAAGCACUCCCGGUGACAAUGAGUCUCAUGUGGCUGUUAAUAAGCUGAAUAAGAUAUGUGAGAAGAUUUUUCGGAAUUGGAAGUGGACAUCGAACGGAGGUAUGUGUCAUAGAGGUACGAGGGUGAUAUUGGGGUGGAAUGCGGAUGAUAUUGAUCUUAUGGUUAUAUCCCAAUCAGACCAGGUUAUUCAUGCUCAGGUAUUGUUAAAAUCGGUCAAAAAGAAGAUAUUUUGUUCUUUUGUGUAUGCGGAAAACAAAUAUCAGGAUAGGAGAAGCUUGUGGGCUGAUUUGUGUAACUUUAAAGGCCUCACUCAUGAUACCCCUUGGGUUGUAAUGGGUGAUUUCAAUGCCGCUUUGAAUAUGGGGGAUUUUACUAUGGGGCCGUCCUCCCACACAAUAGCUAUGCGUGAAUUCUAUGAUUGUGUUCAAGAGGCAGAAUUGAUCGAUGUUAAGAGUCAUGGGUUGCAUUAUACUUGGAAUCAAAAACCAAAGGAUGGGGUAGGAAUGCUAAAGAAGAUCGACCGUAUUAUGGGUAACAUCAAACUCUUAGAUGUUUUCUCGGAUGCUUAUGCUAUGUUUCAGCCUUUCCGUGUUUCAGAUCAUGCUCCUGCUAUCUUGAAAUUAUUUUCUAUGUCUACGGACCGGCCUAAACCUUUUAAAUUCCCAAACUUUAUUGUGACAAAGCCUGAGUUCCGUCAAGCUGUGAUGUCCAAAUGGACUAAAACCGUGGAGGGUGCUACCAUGUUUUCUGUGGUUAAGAAAAUGAAGGGUCUGAAAUCACAUUUUAGGAGGAUAUUGCGUAAUCAAGGUAAUCUCCAUAAAAGAGUUACUGACUUACGGAAUGAGCUGGACCAGAUUCAAAAACAGGUGGAAGCUCAUCCUUUUGAUGCUGCUAUUCGGUCAUCUGAGACUAUCUGUUUGCGAGACUUCAAGUCAGCGGUUAAUGAUGAGGAGUGUUUCUUGAAACAAAAAUCUAAAGUGCAAUGGUUAUGUGCGGGUGAUUCAAAUACAUCCUACUUUCAUAAUAGUGUGAAAAGUAGGAAUGCUAGAAAUAAAAUCAAUUGCAUUAAGGAUACGAAUGGGAACCAGUAUGAGGGAGUUGAUGUCGCGGCUGCUUUGCUAAACCAUUAUUCAGCUUUCAUGGGCACCGAAGAUAAAGUGGCUAGGUUGGAUGAUGCAGAGUUAUUUGUUAAUGUUUUGCAGCAGAAUGUGGCGGAGAAUAUGGUGAGACAGGUUACCGAUGAUGAAGUUAAACAGGCUAUGUUCAGUAUAAGUGAGAAUAACGCUCCAGGUCCGGACGGAUACACUUCAGCGUUUUUUAAAAAUGCCUGGGAUGUUGUGGGCGGUGAAGUUACAAAGGCGGUGUGUGAUUUCUUUAAUAACGGGCAAAUUCUUAAGCAGAUUAACCAUACGAUUUUAGCGUUGGUGCCAAAGAUGGAUACUCCAAAUACAGUUCUUGACUACAGGCCAAUAUCAUGUUGUAAUGUGAUAUAUAAGUGUAUCAGAAAAAUAAUCACUAAUCGUGUGAAGGGGUGUUUGGGGACUCUAGUGAACAUUAACCAGUCGGCGUUUGUUCCUGGUAGAAAGAUAUCUGAUAAUAUUCUUAUUACGCAGGAGCUUAUGCAUAAUUAUCAUGUGGAUCGUGGUCCUCCGAGGUGUGCUUUGAAGAUUGACAUCCAGAAAGCUUAUGAUACUGUAAGCUGGUCUUUUUUAGAAGCUAUUUUAGUCCGGUUUGGUUUUCACCGGAAAAUGGUUGCUUGGAUUAUGGCGUGUGUCACAACGGUAUCCUACUCGGUUAGCGUAAAUGGCGAGUUGCAUGGUUACUUUUCAGGGAAACGGGGUCUUCGUCAAGGAGAUCCAAUGUCCCCGUACCUAUUCACGUUGAUUAUGGAGGUGUUAUCUCUCAUGUUACAAAAGAUGGCGUUAAACCCUGCUUUCAAGUUCCAUAGUCACUGUUCUAAACAAAAGAUUAUCAACGUAUCAUUUGCUGAUGACUUAUUUGUUUUUGUUAAUGGGGAUACUGGAUCGGUUAAGCUUGUUCGGAAUGUUUUGGAGAAGUUCACUAGUGUUUCGGGCCUGGUCCCUAGCUUGCCCAAGAGUCGAUUGCAGCUCCUUAACUCUGUUCUUGCAGCAAUGUAUACGUAUUGGGCCUCGGUUUUUAUUUUGCCAAUGCGUAUAGUCAAGGAUCUGGAAAAGAGAAUGCGAAGGUUUCUUUGGAACGGGGGGGCUCCUGGGAGUAUUCGGUCUAAAGUCGCGUGGAAGGACGUUUGUUUGCCUAAGGAUGAGGGGGGUCUUGGAAUCCGAAAUAUCUCAGAUGUGAACAAAGCAUUUGUGAUGUCGCAUAUUUGGAGCAUUAUUACCAACCGGGAAUCCUUGUGGGUCAAAUGGAUCCAUUCUUACAAGAUAAAAGGCAGAAAUUUUUGGGAGAUUCAAAGUCGUGGGGUUUUGACUUGGAGUUGGCGAAAGAUUUUAUCUAUUCGUCCGUUGGUCAGACCUUAUGUUUGGAAGUUAAUUGGGAGUGGUUCCCAAACAAACGCGUGGAGUGAUAAUUGGUGCUCGUGCAGUCCGAUCCGAAACUUUAUUACACCAAGGAGAAUUGCCCAAGCGGGUUUUAAUUUGCAAACUACUGUUGCAGAGCUUGUAUACGCUAAUGGCAACUGGCGGUGGCCUCAGGCAUGGUAUGACUUAUUCCUAGUACUCAUAAAUGUCAUGGCUCCUUCUCUUGUUCCUGAUUCGGUUGACAGACUGGGAUGGAGAGAGGUGGGAGGGAAAAUUGUGCAUUUUAGCUCUUGGGAAGCUUGGAAUAAUCUUCGGGUAAAGGAUAACAAGGUGGCUUGGGUGAAUAUGGUGUGGUAUGGCCAAUGCAUUCCAAGACAUUCUUUUCAUCUUUGGUUAGUUCUAAAGAAUAAGCUGAAGACACAAGAUAGAUUGGCAGUUUGGGAAGCGGGGAGUGAAACAAAUCUACGUCUUAUGUGCUGUCCUCUUUGUAACUAUGGACGAGACUCAAGAGAUCAUUUAUUCUUUCAAUGCUCUUAUGCGGCCAAGAUUUGGAGCAUUGUCAAGGAAAAAGUUGAUAUGGUAAAUGUAAACGAUUCAUGGAGCUCAAUCAUGGCAUGGAUAGAGCUGAAUGCGAGUUCAAAGACUCUGGAACACAUUGUGUGUAAGUUGGUGGUAGCGGCCUCUACAUACUUUAUAUGGCAAGAACGGAAUAAUCGGCUGUUUUCCAACAUUCACAGGAAGGAAGAGACGGUGGCACAGAUUAUUUUGGAUAUGGUGCGGCUUCGUAUAAUGAGUUUCAAGAUCGGACGUCACGGGAAUAAUAGGAAGCUUUUGGAAACCUGGGGAGUAAGAGAAGACGAACCGGGCUAA